UUGUUGGCCUACAUACCUUUUUGUAUACCAGUGUACCUGUACCUGAAGCCCAUGUACCUUUGUAGAUCAAUGUACAUUUGUAGACCUGUGUACCUUUGUAGACUCAUGUACCUUUAUGGAUCCAUGUACCUUUGUAGACCAGUAUACCAUUGUAGACCCAUUUACAUUUGUAGACCAUCGUGCCUUUAUAGUCUAGAGUGCCUUUGUAGACCCAAGUACCUUUGUAGACUAAUGUACCUUUAUAGAGCAGUGUACCUUUGUAGACUCAUGUACCUUUGUAGACUCAUGUACCUUUGUAGACAAGCGCGCCUUUGUAUUGUUUAUUAUUUAUGUUCAGUAAAAAGGUGUGUAACAGACCAGUAG